AUGGUCGAGCUCAAGAAGCACCUCAACUUGAGCGGCUUGAUGCGCAAGCGGUCGGCACAUAAUGACGUCCUCAUCGACUCGGAAGCCGAUACGCCAGAGGCAAAUGCUGCCAGAGGGGUGAAGCUCUUUUGUGAAUCAGGCGCGGCCAAUACGCCAUUCCAGGGCGAAGAAGUACUACACCUCCCGACCAUUGUCGAAGCCGCCGUGGCAAGUCCGCUGGCUGCUGCCUCGGCCGCCCGCCAGAUUCGCGUCUUCCUGUCCAAGGACAACUACAGCCGGCCGCAUGUCCAGUACAACUCGGUCAUGCUCAUUCGCAUCCUGACCGACAACCCGGGCCCCUCCUUCACCAAGAACCUGGACAAGCAGUUUGCCGAUACGGUCAAGCAUCUGUUGCGCAAUGGAAACGACCCGAGCGUGUCGCAGAUUAUGCGGGAGACGCUCGACUCGAUGGAGCGUGACAAGGGCUACGAUACCAACCUCAAUGCCCUUUUCGCCAUGUGGAAAAAGGAAAAGGGACUCAUGGAGACGGCCACGGCCAAGUUGGCACUCGGCCCACGGAAGUUGAAUGCGCCCGCCUGGUCCACGUCGCAGCAAAUCCACGGCGGCUUCGGUUCGGGCUCGAGCAGUUCCAGGGGCCUGCCGCCGCCGCUCGAGCUGGCCGGGCGCAUCGAGGAAGCGCGCACGUCUGCGAAGCUCCUGUUGCAGCUCGUGCAAUCGACGCCCGCCAACGAGCUGCUGGCCAACGAGCUGGUCAAGGAGUUUGCCGAGCGCUGCACCACGGCCCAGCGCAGUGUGCAGGCCUACAUUGCCUGCGACAACCCGGCGCCCGAUGACGACACCAUGCUGACCCUAAUCGAGACCAACGAGCAACUCUCCCUCGCUGCCUCGAAGCACCAGCGCGCCAUUCUGCAGGCCCGACGUCUCAUGGGCGCAUCGCCGUCUCCACCAGUGCAGAACGACGAGUACAACAGUGUGGAGGCUGCUACCGAGGGCGUGCCUCCGCCACCACGGCCGAUUCAGCAGCAGCAGCAGCAGCAGCCAUCGACCUUUGCGACGCCACAAGACGCAUCCUCGCAGCCCUCUCAGACAAGGACUAAUGACUUGGCGCAGAAUAGUAAUCCUAAUCUAUACUCGUCCCUGCCUGCCUCUUUGCAGGCAGCGCCGGCGCAGAAACGGUCAGGGGCGACAGAAGAGAACCCCUUUGCUGAUCCAAACACACGUUCGGACACGCCGCCCCCCGAGCUUCCCUCUCGGCCACAGCAAGAUGGCAGGGUGUCGGGAAAUGGGCAUGGAGGAUCGCCCGAGUCAUACAACCCCGGCUACCAGUCCACCCCAUCCUACUUGGGACGACAAGACAGCUCAGCGCACAACCUGACGAUGCACGGCGGCGUGCAAACGACGAUUGCUGAGGAGGACCCAUAUCCUCCCCCCCAACGAUCACGGACCCCGGAACUUCAUCUUUCCCAGCCAUCGCAGGCGCACGAUGCAUCGCCCGUUGCCGAUCGCAAGCCUGUCACAUACCGAUACUAA